GUUACAUAACCUGGGAAAUAAUAUGUUAUUUUAUUACCUACCUUCUCAAACUAUACUCUCAAGUCUAAAUAUUUAAUAGUAAUAACCAAAACUUGGCCAACAAUGGGAUAAACACUAAAUUUACUAUAAUAUAUCACAAAAAAUGUAAUUAGCUCAAAAACUAUAAAUUUUUAUAAAUACCCAUCAUGAAUUAUCUACAUCUAUCAUGUAUACAAAAUAAAUCAUAAUUUCACGCAUAGAUUAUAAUUUAUUUAAUUAUUCUUGCAUGACUAGGACUGCAAAAAGUAUUCUUGAAAACAUUUUCAGUGGAAAUGGGACGGGGCGGGGGGAUAUUGGACUUCUUGGUAUAUCAUUUUUUCUGUAUUUUUGUUAUUUGAGAACAGACAUACUGGAGAACAUAUUUGUAAGUGAUAUUUUCUUUUACCUUCCAGAUUUUAAUUCCAACAGCAAAGAUAUCUUUUUCCCUUGACAUUUGCUUUUUCUGAUAAAAUGCAAUUUGUGAUCGAGAAAAGACAAUUUUGUCCGUCUAAAGCCACACAAGUAUUGUGACAACAAUAAAUCUCCUGAAAGACAACAUCGAAGGCAUAAUUCAAAUUCCGACAACGAUGAUCGUAGAAAAAGACCAAGGCAAGUCAGAUGCUGAUCACGUAUGGGGUUCUAAAGACUCAUCUAGUAAAAAAAAAUCUGUAGUGAAAAAAGAAGAACCAAAUUUUGAAACUACUGGCAAGUUAGCUGAGGAUACAAAUAAGGCUUUUAAUGGCAUAGUUAUUAAGUAUAGUGAGCCAGCUGAGGCAAGAAAACCAAAACGACAUUGGCGAUUAUACCCAUUUAAAGGAGAGAAGCAAUUACCUGUAUUACACAUACACAGACAAAGUGGAUAUUUACUUGGGCGUGAUCGUAAAGUAGCAGAUAUACCGAUUGAUCCGUCUUGCUCAAAACAGCAUGCAGUUCUUCAAUACAGAUUAGUUUCUGCCAAAAAAGACGGACGCCAUAUAAGAUGUAAUCAGCCAUAUAUUAUUGAUUUAGAGUCGGCUAAUGGAACUUAUGUUAAUAAUCAACGUAUAGAUUCCAAAAAAUAUGUAGAAUUGAUGGAGAAAGAUGUCAUUAAGUUUGGGUUUAGUUCUAGAAAGUAUGUGCUUUUACAUGAACAUAGCACGGAUUCUGGAGAUAAUGAUAGUCUUGCUGAAGAUAAUUCCAAUGAGGAAUCAAAUGUAGCUUGAAUGCAAAACUUAUUUUAAGGAAUUAGGAAGUUUUCUUAAUUUUUUUAAACUGUAAAUAAAGCAAACGAAGAUCAAUGUUURAAUUCUUGUAUUUAAAAUAAUUACCUUUGCAUAAUUAAAUAUAACUUUUUUUA